GGAGCAGUCGUUUCGGCUACGUCUGGGUCUGUGCGCUGCGUGACUGACGCCUACCUCUGGGUCCGGCUUGAGAAGGUGCGAGAAGAGGCGCAGUGGCUGCCGCAGGGAGUUGAGUGUGAGGCCCGGCGACGUAACCCGCGGGCCCCGCGGCAGGGCCGGGAUCGCGCGUGGUGCGCCCGGGUCGCCUCCUGAGCUCUGCGCCCGGAACAGCUGCUCCCACAGAGUCCGAUGGCGGCGGUUGCACCGAGGGGCCCGCCUCAGGGCUCUGUGACCUUUGAGGACGUGGCCAUUUACUUCUCCCAGGAGGAGUGGGGGCUUCUUGAUGAGGCACAGCGGUUCCUAUACCAUGACGUGAUGCUGGAGAUCUUUGCACUUACAGCGUCCCUAGAUUGUUGGUGUGGAGCAAAGGAUGAGGUAGCUUCUGAGCAGAGUGUUCCUGUAGAAGAUGCCAGGACUUCCAUGGCAGGUCCAUUGACUGAGAAGACCCAUCCUUGUGAGAAGUGUGUCCCAGUCUUGAAAGACAUUUUACACCUGACUGAGCUCCAAGCAACAUAUCCUGGACAGAAACCAUACUUGGGAGAGACACGUAGAGGCUUAUGGUUCAGUGCAAACCUUUGCCAGUACCAAAAGUGUGACAGUGGAGAGAAAAUCUUCAAAGUACACAUGGACAGGGCCUCACUUGUGACAAGCUGCAGAUUCCAUGUGUUGGGGAAGCCCUUCACUUGUGUGGAGAGUGAAAAGGACUUUUCAGCUCUAUCAGGCCUUCUGCAGCACCAGGCCACUCCCAAUGGUGAGAAGGCACAUGGCAGCAUCAAGCAUAGGGAGUCCUUUAACAGUGGGAAAAGUUGUAACAAGUGGGUUGAAUGCAGGAAAGUAUUUAGCAACCCUCACACACUUCACCACCAGAGAGUCUGCACUGGAGAUGGUCUUGAUGAAUGUAGCAACUGUGAAAAAGCCUUCCGCUGCAAACACAAACUUAAUCAGCACCAGGAAGUUCACACUGGAGAAAGGCCUUAUGAGUGUGGUGAAUGUGGGAAAUUCUUCCUUCAGAAAAAGUCUCUCAUUCAACACAGGAGAGUUCAUACUGGAGAAAGGCCUUACGAGUGUGGUGAAUGUGGGAAAUUCUUCAGCCUCAAAACCUGCCUCACUCAACAUAGGAGAGUUCACACUGGAGAAAGGCCUUAUGAGUGUGGUGAAUGUGGAAAAUUCUUUAGGUACAAAACCUCCCUCAUUCGACACAGGACAGUUCACACUGGAGAAAGACGUUAUGAGUGUAGUGAAUGUGGAAAAUUCUUUAGGCGCAAAUCCUGCCUCACUGAACACAGGGGAGUUCACACUGGAGAAAGGCCUUAUGAGUGUGGUGAAUGUGGGAAAUUCUUCAGCCGCAAAAACUGCCUCACUCAACACAGGAGAGUUCACACUGGAGAAAGGCCUUAUGAGUGUGGUGAAUGUGGGAAAUUCUUUAGCUACAAAGCCUCCCUCAUUCGACACAGGACACUUCAUACUGGAGAAAGGCUUUAUAAGUGUGUUGAAAUUGGGAAAUCUUUCACUGAGAACUCUGUCCUUGUUCAACACCAAAGAAUUCAGACUGGAGCAAAGACUUAUGAGUGUGGUGAAUGUGGGAAAUCAUUUACCUACAAAGCCUGCCUCAUUCGACACAGGACAGUUCACAAUGGAGAAAGGCCUUAUCAAUGCAAUGAAUGUGGUAAAUCCUUUACCCAGAGUUCUGCCCUCCUUCAACACAGGAGAGCUCACUUGCAGUAAAUGUGGGAAAUCCUUGAGCUGCAAAUCUGACCUGUCAACACCAAAAAUUCACACUGGAAAAGGCCUUAGAUACUCAAAGAGAAUUUGCUCUUUCCGUAUUAAGUGUAAGUGUCGGGAGAAAACCUCUGUGAGAAGCCACCUCUGUGGGAUUCACAUAUAAAGUAUAAAAGUCAUAUGAAUACUUA